CUCUAUAUAUAUAACGGCUACUACCGAUUUGUAACCCCCCCGGCCCCCCUCUCCCCCUUCAACAUUUUGAAUUCAAAAAAGGAGAGAGAAAACCCCCAACGGAAAGCCACCGCCACCGGCAAACCCGCCUCCUCUUCAUUAGUCUAUUAAGUUCCAGAGACUCUUCUCUCUCUCUCUCUGCCUCUUCUUUCUGGAAGCCCUCCAUUGCCCUCAGCCCUGGCAGAGACACACUUCAAGAUCUUUUCUUGAAGGUAUCUAUCGCCCGAGAAAACCCAAUUCCAGAAUCACCAAAACCAAAUCAAAUCAAGGUGGGUAUUGUGAUACAGUAGCAAAGAUGAAUGAUCUUAUGACCAAAUCGUUCCUCAGCUUCAUCGAAUUGAAGAAACAGGCCAUGAAAGAUCUUGAGGCCGGGCCAGAUCUUGAAAUGGGUCAACUUGACCCAGUUGAUGAGAAGAACCUGUCACAGUUCUUCGAACAGGUGGCCGGAAUCAAAGCAGAUAUGGAAGAGAUUACUAAUCUCCUCCUGGAUCUUCAAUCCCUAAACGAAGAGACGAAAUCCACUCACAGUGCUAAAGUUAUCCGAGGCCUUAGAGACCGAAUCAACUCAGACAUGGUUGCUGUUCUUCGGAAGGCGAAAAUCAUCAAAACAAAAUUGGAAUUGCUUGAUCAAUCCAAUGUAGUUAACCGGAGCAUAUCGGUUGGAUUCAAAGAGGGAAGCCCCGUGGAUCGAACAAGAAUGUCUGUGACUAAUGGGUUGAGAAUCAAGUUGAAAGAUAUGAUGAAUGAUUUUCAGUGCUUGAGGGAAAAGAUUGUUAAAGAGCAUAAGGAAGGGCUUAAGAGGAGGUACUAUAGUGCCACAGGACAGGAACCCACUGAGGAAAUGAUGGAAAAGAUGGUUUUGGGAAAUGGGCAAGUUGGGAUUUUCGAAGGGAAGGGAGAUUUGGUGAUGGAGAAUCAAGAAAGGCAUGAGGUAUUGAAGGAGAUUCAGAGGAGCUUGACCGAGCUCCACCAGGUUUUUCUUGAUAUGGCUGUUUUGGUUGAGACUCAAGGCGAAAAGAUCAAUGAUAUCCAGGAAAACGUCGUCAGUGCCGCGGCCUAUGUCAGUGGGGGGACAAAGGAACUUGUUCAAGCUAAGGAGAUGAAGAAGAGGAGGGAUUGGGUUUGCUGGGUUGGGAUUGUGGUGCUGCUGGUGUUACUGGUAUGCCUUUUCGCAAUUCUGACCUGAAAUUUGGGGAAUUAAAACUUGAUUUUUAUUGGGUCUUCUGAUUUUGUUUGUUCUGUUUUGAGGUUUGCUUUUCAAGUACUCACUUGUUUGAGCUUUUGGGUUAUGAAUGGGGGAGUUAAUACGUAUACCAGUAUAUGUCAUUAUGGGGGCAAUGUGAUUGAUGAUAUCUGUUCAUCUUUGAGUCUACAGUUUUGUAAUUUUGGCAAUGAAUUGGAUUGGAUUGGAUUCAAGAGAUUUGAAAUAGUAUUUGAUUGAGAUUUACACAAUGUAAUGGUUGUCUUCUUUCGUA